UUGAAUAUGAGUUGCUGUGAUCUGCUAGUUUAUUCGAUUCUUGCACAGUACCCUUUGCUUCCCGGUGCGCAGACGAGCACUGUGGCAUUUGCAAUCUGAACUUGGACGAUUGGGAGUAUAAAUCAGGUUUCUGAAGUUGGAGGACAGAAAGUGGUUACUAGGGAUUUUCUGAGCAUAGACCAUUCUGUGCUUUUCUUCCUUUCUUCGUACGAGUUGCAUAUCUGCUAUCUGCAGAGCAUUUUUGCGAUCAUGGUUCUCGGCUUGGACCUUUUCGAUUUUAAUCAUGACGGAAGAGGAGAUGAGAGCGGGAUCCCUCAUCUUCUGCCUACUACUUCAAGGAGGAGCACACAUAAGAUUCAUACCGUCACUGGAGACGAGUCCUUGGCAACGUUCAAACAAUACAGGAAGAUUCGGCCUUAUGUUCGCUCAAGCAUGCACAAAUUGAAGUGGACGCUUGACCUGCACCAAUGUUUCAUGGGCGCCGUGAAUCGUCUAGGCGGAAAAGACAAAGCCACGCCGAAGAGGAUUGUUCAAUGUAUGGGUAGGGACAGAAUCACCAUAGCUCACGUCAAGAGCCAUCUUCAGAUGCUCCGAAUGGGAAGGAUUAAUGAAGAAGGGAUGAGCAACGCCGAUGCAGUUCCAGUAGCGGAUCGCCAUCCACACGAUUCUGAAUCAUGCAUGAAGAACCUGUCCUCUACCGAGCGACAUGCAAAUCUUUUAAGGGAAGCAGUUGAAGUGCUCAAGGAGCCACAGUUGCAGAAGUAUGGACUAAUAUUUGGGGCAGCGGAAGCUGAGAUGUUGCAGAGAAGAGUUGCUGAUAGUCAAGCACUCCAGCGACACAAGGCAUGUGAGUAUGACCAACAAGCAUCUGGAAAAUAUUGGGACUCACAUGUUUGCCCCGAAGUGCCGUUGGAUGAUGAAUGCGCCACCGGCAGAUACAGAAACGAUGAGGAACCCCUGCAGCUGAAUCUUACAAUGGCCAUCGGGGCACCGCAUCUCAGACACCAUUAAAGUAAUUUUAACAACGGCAACCAACAUCGUGAACCUUUCCGGUAGAGCUCAAGAUCACCAUCUGUACAUAUGAUCGUGGACACGGUGUUUAGAUCUCUAGAUUGUUUUUGAUUCACAGGAGAACAUUGUAAAUGUAAAUUAAUUCAUUUUCCCAACCGGAGCAUCGGCAGUAGAAACACUCGCCUCAAUUGAGUUCAUUGUCACUAUCGGCAUGUUCGAUAUUUCCGAUGAAUCUGCAUCAGGAUGUACAGGGGAUAUCGAGCUAGUAAGGAAUAGGAAGGGAAAU